GAUGGUGUGGAUGAUGGUGAUCAUGCUGGGAUGUCGGCACUGAUGAUUACGUCGCUGAUGAUGGUGAUGAUGUGAGUGAUGAUAGCGAUUGUGACGGUGAUUUUAAUGAUGAUGAUGGUGUGGAUGAUGGUGAUCAUGCUGGGAUGUCGGCACUGAUGAUUAUGUCGCUUAUGAUGGUGAUGAUGUGAUGAUAGCGAUUGUGACGGUGAUUGAUUUUAAUGAUGGCGGUGAUGAUGGUGUGGAUGAUGGUGAUCAUGCUGGGAUGUCGGCACUGAUGAUUACGUCGCUGAUGAUGGUGAUGAUGUGAGUGAUGAUAGCGAUUGUGACGGUGAUUGAUUUUAAUGAUGAUGAUGGCGGUAAUGAUGGUGUGGAUGAUGGUGAUCAUGCUGGGAUGUCGGCACUGAUGAUUACGUCGCUGAUGAUGGUGAUGAUGUGAGUGAUGAUAGCGAUUGUGACGGUGAUUUUAAUGAUGAUGAUGGUGUGGAUGAUGGUGAUCAUGCUGGGAUGUCGGCACUGAUGAUUAUGUCGCUUAUGAUGGUGAUGAUGUGAUGAUAGCGAUUGUGACGGUGAUUGAUUUUAAUGAUGGCGGUGAUGAUGGUGUGGAUGAUGGUGGUCAUGCUGUUAUGUCGGCACUGAUGAUUAUGUCGCUGAUGAUGUGAGUGAUGAUAGCGAUUGUGACGGUGAUUUUAAUGAUGAUGAUGGUGAUCAUGCUGGGAUGUCGGCACUGAUGAUUACGUCGCUGAUGAUGGUGAUGAUGUGACGGUAAAUUCUGCUCGCCUCGACCGACCUCAGGGAUUUGCCGACUAAGCGACGGUCACAUUUAAUGAAGGCGGCCGCCUCUACUCCCGAGCUGUGGAGGUGAUCAUUGCUGCCCGCCCGCCCGCCCGCCUUUCGCCACGAUGGUGUGCACGUGCGCCAACUGGCGGCGCUGGAUCCGUCCGCUGGUGGUCACCAUGUACGUGAUGCUGCUGCUAGUGGCACUGCCGCUGUGCGUGUGGGAGCUGCAGCGUGCGGAGAUCAAAGCGCAAACUCAGGCGUGGUUCAUCGCGGGGAUCUUCGUCUUCCUCACGAUCCCCAUCUCGCUCUGGGGGAUCCUGCAGCACCUGGUGCACUACACGCAGCCCGAGCUGCAGAAGCCCAUCAUCAGGAUCCUGUGGAUGGUUCCUAUCUACAGCUUAGACAGCUGGUUCGCGCUCAAGUUCCCUCCCAUCGCCAUCUACCUGAACACGUGCCGCGAGUGCUACGAGGCCUACGUCAUCUACAACUUCAUGGUCUUCCUGCUCAACUACCUCUCGGGCAGCCAGCCCGACCUGGCGCGCACGCUCGCUGCCAAGGAGCCCGUGCGCCACUGGCCGCCACUCUGCUGCUUCCCAGCGUGGCCCAUGGGCGAGGUGAUGCUGUUCCGCUGUAAGCUGGGCGUGCUGCAGUACACGGUCAUCAGACCGCUCACCACCGUCGUGGCCUUAAUCUCCGAGCUGCUGAAGGUGUACGGAGAGGGCAACUUCAGCUUCCACAACGUGUGGAGUUACCUCGUCAUCAUCAACAACAUCUCCCAGAUCUUUGCCAUGUACUGCCUCAUCCUCUUCUACCGCACCCUGCGGGAGGAGCUGCAACCGAUCCAGCCAGUGGGGAAGUUCCUGUGCGUGAAGACCGUCGUGUUCGUGUCUUUCUGGCAAGCGGUGCUGAUCGCAGCCCUGGUGAAGCUGCAGGUGAUUUCGGGCACUCUGGGCUGGAACAGCGUGGAGGCUUUAGCCACCGGGCUCCAGGACUUUGCGAUCUGCAUCGAGAUGCUGCUGGCGGCGCUGGCGCACCACUACAGCUUCUCGUACAAGGCGUUCGUGCUGGUGGCCGAGCGGGAGGUGUCCUGCCUCGACUCGUUCCUCGCCAUGUGGGACGUAUCGGACGUGCGCGCCGACGUCCUCGAGCAAGUCCGCAACGUCGGCGCCACCGUGCUGGGUCGCCCCAAGCGGCGUGCGGGCGGCGGAGGCGGCGGCGACGCCGGGGGUGCGGACGAACGCGCCAGCCUGCUGGGCGGCAGCUCGUCGUCCGGUCGCACCCCGGAGGAGAGGGCCGGAGCGGCGGUGGGGGGGCCGCCCUCCCCGUCACCGUCCGGGCACUACCAGGGCUUCGGGCAGACGGUGACCACGCCAACGGCGACGAUGCCCAACGGCGACGGUUGCGCGCAGGAGGGCGGCGUGGCUUCGACGCCGCCGGCGCCGCCGGCACCGCCGCACGAUGCGGAAGCCGGUGCCGCCAUCGUGGAGGUGACGCCGAUAGAAACUCGCGUCACCGAUGAACGAGACCCAGUCGUCUAACCCGGCGUGUCCCGCGAUCGGAUUUCGCGGGUUUUGGCGAAAGUGCGCAUCUGCGCAUGCCUGCGUCUGGGAUGGAGAUCGACGACCGCGAGCCAAAAACUGCACUUUACCAAAUUCGCUCACCGCACUAAGGUGGAUUCGCGGCUUAACUGUGAGGACCAACGGUGGAAGGGAGUGUAACGCGACAAGAGGCAGGGCUUCCUUUCUCAAUGACAAUGUUACGGAUCGCUAGACUGGAGCCAGCGACACGUUACUAUGAGCCACGGCCAUCGUGAGAGGUGUACGGUGGGUGCGGUGUACCGGGUGCGGAGGGCGGCCCGCUCGUGCUCCCCGCGCUUCCACGUCCGUGCUCGACGCACACUUGCGGCUGCCGGACGCACGUGGCGCCCCACCUGUGCUUCCGAACGAACGCUUCGCGGGUUACUCUGCGCGCCUCUCGGGAUAACGCCUCGUUGCCUUUGCUCCCCCCCCGCCGUGCGGCGGUCCGCCUGCCGCGACGAAGGUUCCUGCAAAACCCCGGCGCGUGCCACCGCCGACGGUUUCCAGGCGGCACGGUCUCACCGCGGCUUCAGCGCCGUUCACGUCGACCGCCAAUGUGCCCGCCAGCCAACGUCGAUGUGCAGCAUAACCAGGACAGGUGGUCUUUUGCGAGUCGGGGAUGGGGUGGAAAAACCGUGCCGUUAUACUACGUGGAGUACCUCACCUGCCGAUGUCUUAGCCAUGUUUAUCGCUCUAAAUAUGUAGCGGGGAAUGCCGAGCACUUGACGUUGACCAGCAGCAUUAGUGUUAGCCGAGUUGCCAUUACUCACGUGACAAAUGUCUAACAAUAAUAAUAUUGCAGCCCAUUGUUUAUCCACUGCUGGGCGAAGGCUUCCUCCGCAUGCCGAGUCAUUCACGGGAGUUGCGCAAGUGUACUUGGCCGCGCUGGUCCGCGCAGGUUGGUGACGUGGGCUUAGCUGUCCACAGCCACCGAUGUUCGCUGUGCUCAGUUCACAGUGCUGCGUGCUCAUGACCCCCCCCAAAGAUAAUUAUUUUAAUUUGGUUGCUAACUUAAGGUGGCCUACCCUGGUCCCAAGGGAUUAAAUGUAUAAUUAAUGGGUGUCAAGCAUUUACCUACGCCUUUCCAAGCAAGACACCCUCGGCCAUCUCUUCAGUUGCCAUGCGACGGACAUUCUUUAUCGUCAUCCGCAACUACUAUCAAUCCACUGCUAGAUGAAGGCCUUCCCAAGCCGUCACCAUGCCUCUCGCGCUCCUGCGGAGUAACGGACGACCACUCCGUACGGGGCGUGUUCCUAUUGUCGACGAGAGGCCUAUUAGAAGCGAGCAGUUCUACUCCGGCAACUUUUGGGGGGCGUUUCCUGAUCGUAUGUAAUUCUCUGCUGCACAAACGAGUUCCAGGAACGAAUGUUUUUCACGUCACACACACUCUCGUGUCCUCGCAACUUGAGAGUGUUGAUUGCUGAACCAAAUUUUUUUUGCACGAGUGGAGAGCUUUCCAAUGCCCAUUGGUAGAUCAACCUGGUGCUCCUGUUAAAACUUGGGAGCUGUUGUGUGUGGUUCGUGAUGAAACUGCACGAGCGUGAGAGUUGGCGGUGAUUUUAUUUAUUUUUCCCCAACGGCAAGAGGUCGGUGGCAUGAACUCGUCGUUUGGGUUUAAAGGUUACGUAACGCAUUGACGCGCAGGAUUUUAAUACAAUUUUGUUAAACGGUUGGAAAAUAAUCGUUCUGACAUUGUAAAUAAAAUAUAUAUAGGCGGAGAUAUUUCCCCCCUCUCGG